AUGAAGUCACAGAUCAAAAUUACUCUUGCUGUUAUUAUUAGUGUGCUCUGGAUUCAACACUCCUUUUGUGAUGAAGCAUCUGAUACAUCUAGCCUAAACAAGUGGAAAUGUAGAUGUUCUUCUUUCGAAGCGAGUCAAAGCAACUCCCUUGCUAAUUGUUCAAAGUCAUGUGAUUGCCAUUCAGAUGUUGGAGAGGGUGCAUCCAUAUGGACAUGCAUAUGUGAUCCCAAUGGAUUUCCCCAAGUGGCAGAAGAUGGUCAUAGCGCUAAGUGCUUUCAUGCUUGCAACUGCACCUGGGGAACUGUCAGCACGUCAUCAGGUUCAAAGAAACACAUUUCCAGCAAGGUUGUUGUAAUUGUCCUAUUAAUAUGUGUUAUAUGCACAACCAUUGCGUUGCUUACCACAGUUGUAUGCUACAUCUACCGAAAGAAACAAUACCCUACUCAAUCACCAAUAUUCUCGGUAGAUAAGGAAACAAGUAGUGGUAGUACCGCCAACCUAAUCAGUCAUCGGGCAGGAACUUCUUCAGUACCAGAAACAACGUUUUUUGUGAAUUCUCCUAUUUGUCAUAUCACCGGAUGCUUUCAGAAAGCCUCUUUUUUGUUUGGGAGCCAAAAAGAAACUUUUCAUGGAAACAUUAUUCAAUUUUCAUUUGGUGAACUGGAAAGUGCCACUGAUAACUUUUCAGCUACCAACCUUAUUGGAGUAGGCGGAAGUAGUUAUGUAUACCGUGGUCGGCUGAGAGAUGGUAACAUUGUGGCAGUUAAGCGACUAAAAGAUCAAGGAGGGCCAGAAGCAGACUCUGCAUUUUUCAAGGAGAUUGAAUUAAUAUCUAGACUUCAUCAUUGUCAUUUGGUGCCUUUGCUUGGAUACUGUUUAGAAUCGAAAGGAAAACACAUGCAGAGGCUACUAGUAUUUGAGUACAUGAUUAAUGGAAGUUUGAGGGACUGGUUAGACGGAGUUUCUGGAAAAUACCUGGAUUGGACUACUCGUGUUACGAUUGCAAUAGGAGCAGCAAGGGGCUUGGAAUAUCUCCAUGAAGCAGCUGCUCCAAAAAUUCUUCAUAGGGAUGUGAAAUCAACCAACAUUCUUCUGGAUGAAAAAUGUCAAGCAAAAAUAACCGAUCUUGGUAUGGCGAAAAACUUGAGAUCUGAUGACCUACCAAGCGGUUCAGAUUCUCCAGCAAGAAUGCAGGGGACAUUUGGCUAUUUUGCACCCGAGUAUGCUAUUAUUGGUAGAGCCUCGCUUGAAUCAGAUGUCUUCAGUUUUGGUGUGGUACUUCUUGAGCUUAUCAGUGGUCGACAUCCUAUUCAUAAAACUACCGGCAAAGAAGAAAGCCUUGUUAUAUGGGCUUCUCCUCGUUUACAGGAUAGUAGGCGAGUAAUAUCGGAGAUAGUUGAUCCACAAUUGAAAGGAAACUUCCCAGAAGAAGAGGUGCAUAUUAUGGCAUAUCUAGCCAAGGAAUGCUUGCUGCUGGAUCCCGACACUCGACCAACCAUGAGCGAGGUUGUUCAAAUUCUUUCUAGUAUUUCACCGGGCAAAUCAAGGAGGAGAAGAAACAUUCCCACCAGCUUGUUUCAGGAACCAGAGAAUGUAGAAUCGAAAAGGCAAGCUCAAUCCAGUGAAUUUCCAACUCAUAAUUCAUCGCCACUAGAUACCGGUUACAAUCCGUGUCUUGGAAACAGAAAUAGAGAAGAAGAUGCAGUUUCAGCUGAGUAUAUGGAAAGUUUGAUCCUCUUAGCUUCAAAAUCUAAUAGCUCGCAUUCAUCAGAAGAGGAAAUGGUAGACAUAACUGAGCCUCGGUUCGAAUCAUUUUGCAUGACAAAUGGCACUGUCACUUGA